AUGAAGCCUUCCCCAUUCCUUCCAAGUCUUGGCCUCUUCCUUACAGCCCUGGGCAACGCCCACCUCAUCUCACUUCGCCAAGUCUCCCAAACCCUAACACUCACCUUCUUCACCUACACCAAUCCCUCCUGCUCGCCCUCUACAGCAGCCAAUUACCACUUCAUCAGCUUCACCUCCGCCAACAUUGGACAGUGCCGCAACCUGGAGCAGGUGUUCGACAGCAAUGGCGCCGUGCUAGGCUACAAAGCAUUCGAGAUCGAUGAGUUUGGCGCUGGGUCCCCGGCGCUUUCGGGCAGUAUAUUCUUCUAUAAGGGACAGAGUUGUGGUGGGCAAGCGCUGGAGAGUCGGAAGUUGGAUGCGGUGUUUCUCGGCGACGGACGUGAGGAGUUGGUGGGAGAGGGGAUUGGGAGUGUUGUUGUGAGGCGGGCUUCAUAG